AUGGGACCCUACAUCCAGUGGCUGGGGACACCGCGAGGCCGAGCCCCCGGGGGCGCUCCCCGCUCCCCGAGGGCUGCGGGACGGCAGCGGGACAGCGGCAACAGGUGGAGCGGGGACAGGAGAGCGGGGACACAGGAGAGCGGGGACACAGGAAACAGGAGAGCGGGGACGGGAGCGGGACAAGCGGGCAAGCGGAGCAGUAGGAGGAGCGGAGCUACAGGAAGAGCGGAGCCGCAAGACGAGCGGGGGCGGCAGCGGGGAACCGGAGGAGCUGCAGGAGGAGCGGGGAGGGCACCGGAGCAACAGGCGGAGCGGGGCCGGGAGCAGCGGGGCCGGGAGGAACGGAGCCGGGAGGAGCAGGACCGGGAGCAGCGGGACCGAGAGCAGCGGGAUCGGGAGGAACGGGACCGGGAGGAGCAGGACCGGGAGCAGCGGGACCGAGAGCAGCGGGAUCGGAUGGAACGGGACCCAGACCGUAGUUUUCUCGGAGCUCCACAGUCUCCUCUCUUUGAAGUUGGACAGAUACAGUAAACACAACAAAUAUAUGAUACAACCCAUCACAGCUGGAUUAAAAAAAUACACAAAAAAUAUAAUACAUAAAAAAAAAUGGAUUUUUAACAUUGUGGACUGACGCAGCUCUAAAAAUGGUGAUUGUAACCCUGGUAAGCUUUACAAAGUCUUUAAAAAAAUAAAACAGUACUUCAUGUGAAA